ACUGGGCAACGGCGCGUCUUAUCCGAAAAGGGCGAAGGAAGGAGAGGCGAGAAAGAACCGAUGGUGGGGAAGAGACUCCAAGAACCCCCCAGUACGUCGCGGUCCCGUUCCGACCCAUGGCUUCUCUUCUCUCGUUUUCUGCCACUCUCCACCACAACUCCCUCUCCCUUACCUCCCCCUCCGCCGCCGUGGCGAGGGCUGGGCCGUAUCGGCUGCCGCGGAUCAGGGCCGUCAGCUCUGCCGAGCCCCAGAAGGAGACGCCCGCCAAGAGCUCCACUGAAGCGACCAAGACGCCCGUCCCGACGCGCUCACCUACUUCCUUGCCCAAGAAGCCCGUCUAUUCGAUGAAAAAAGGGCAGAUUGUGCGAGUGGACAAAGAGAAAUACCUAAAUAGCAUCAAUUAUCUGUCUGUUGGCCACCCUCCUUAUUACAAGGGAUUGGAUUACAUAUAUGAAGACCGUGGUGAGGUCUUGGAACUCCGAAUUUUCGAGACUGGGGAACAUGCUCUUGUUGCUUGGGUAGGGAUUCCUACUGCACCUGCAUGGCUACCAACAGACAUGCUUAUCAAGUCGGAGAAACUCGACUACGAGAGGAUGUGACCUGGGAGGGAGCUUCAUCCUUAUGUAGUAUAUUUGCAGAGAUCAAUGAUGUCAUUCACACCAAAGUUGUUUCUUGUUUUUCUUAUAUGUUCAAUGACAGAUAUUUUGCAACAAAAAUAUAUGUUCCGUGAACACAUUU